GCGAAAAUAAUUUUUGCUCUGAUAAAGAUGAUCAUGGAAAAUAUUUUUAUCGUCAUGGUUGUUCUCAUAUUCUGCUCACCAGAGCUGGAUGCAGCUAAAUGGUACCCCAAAAGUCUGAAGUGUGAUGUUUCUCUGGCUAUUAACGGGAGUGAGGUCAGCGUCGACUGCACUGAGCGAGGCCUAACCGAAGUUCCAUUGGGAAUUCCCAUGAAUACCACUAACCUUACGCUAACUAUCAACCACAUACCACACAUCAUGAACAGCUCGUUUCACAACCUGGACAACAUCACUGAAAUUGACCUGCGCUGCAACUGCGUACCAAUCAAGGUUGGUCCCAAAGACCACGUCUGCACACAGAGUUUGACGAUUGACAACGGCACCUUCUGGAAGCUAAAGAACCUGAAGUCCCUUUACCUGGAUGGUAACCAGCUUUCUGGCAUACCUAAGGGCCUUCCUUCUAACCUUGUGCUCUUAAGCCUAGAGGUCAAUAGUAUUUUUUCAGUGCUUAAAGAGAAUCUGAUGGAACUGACGAAUAUAGAGAUGCUGUACCUUGGCCAAAAUUGCUACUUCAGGAACCCCUGCAACACAUCAUAUUAUGUUGAAGAGGAUGCGUUUUUGCUGCUUGACAAAAUGACUUUGCUUUCUCUGAAGUCUAACAAUAUGUCCUACGUUCCACACAAGCUACCUUCCAGCCUUAAAGAGUUGUACCUGUACAACAACAAUAUUCAGGUGAUAACGGAGAAGGAUUUCCACAGCCUGACGGAGCUAGAGAUACUCGAUCUGAGUGGGAAUUGCCCACACUGCUAUAAUGCGCCUUUCCCAUGCAAUCCAUGCCCAAAUAAUGCCCCACUUCAGAUACAUGAGAACUCCUUCAAGACUUUGAAGAAUCUUAAAACUCUUCGGCUUCACAGUAACUCUCUAACAAACAUACUUUCGGAGUGGUUUCAAAACUUGUCAGGGCUUCGUGUUCUAGACCUCUCAAGUAAUUUUUUGUCUAAAGAGAUAACGCACACCAGCUUUCCUGUUUUGUUGCCUAAACUAAAUGAGUUGGAUCUGUCUUUCAAUUACGAACUACAGGUCUAUCCAGCAUCUCUCAACCUGUCGAGAUCAUUUGGCUUGCUUAAAUCUCUUCGAGUCCUAAGAAUCAGAGGUUAUGUUUUUCAAGAACUCACACUCCAAGAUAUUCAGCCUUUGGCUGAUUUGAGGAAUCUGGAGCUUAUUGACCUUGGAACAAACUUCAUAAAAACAGCACAUCUCGGCAUCCUGAAGAACCUGAAAAGCUACAAAAUCAUCAACUUAUCUGACAACAAAAUCUCAUUGCCUUCGGAAGGAGAAUACAUGGCUUCAGCAGCUAAUAACUACAGAAAAACCCAUUAUAAUUCCCCAAUGUCGCAAGGUGCACAGUAUCACAAUGGAGAAGUGAAGGAUGUUCACUAUUUCCUUUAUGACGAUUAUGCACGAAGCUGCAAAUAUAAGGACAAGGAACGCUGGAUUUCAAGUCCUUUCGACACCGAAUGUAGUGGCUUUGGAAAAACGUUGGAUAUUAGCAGGAAUAAUAUCUUCUUCCUACAUUCCAGAUUCCUCAAUCUUGGUGAACUGAAGUGUUUAAAUCUAUCGGGAAACGCCAUGAGCCAGAGUUUGAAUGGUUCCGAGUUUGCUCAGUUGAAGAACUUGCAAUAUCUGGACUUUUCUAACAAUCGUCUGGAUUUAAUGUACUCUUCUGCAUUUCAGGAAUUAAGCAGCCUUGUUGUACUGGAUAUCAGCCGCAACAGUCAUUACUUUGUAGCCGAGGGUUUAACUCACAUGCUAAAUUUUACAAAGAACUUGAAUAAACUGAGCAAACUAAUCAUGAACGAUAAUCAAAUAUCCACAUCGACGAACACUGAAAUGGAAAGUUUUUCUCUGGAACAUCUGGAGUUUAAAGGAAACCGUCUCGAUAUGCUGUGGAGAGACGGAGACACAAGAUAUGUCAACUACUUCAAGAAACUUUUAGCCUUGAAGAUACUCGACAUUUCUCACAACAACCUAAACUUCAUUCCGGAAGAAGUUUUCAAAGGCCUUCCAGAGACGCUCACAGAAUUGUACAUAGCUAACAACAGAUUAACAUUAUUUGAGUGGGAGGGGCUUGUGUACCUUAAAAACUUGAAGCUCUUGGACCUUAGUGACAAUCUCUUAACAGAAGUUUCUAAAUGCCUGUCUAACAACACAAAAUCUAUUGAAACUCUUAUAUUACGCAAGAAUGACAUUGAUCAACUGUCCACUAACUUUCUAAAGGAUGCGUUCAGCCUCAAAGUCCUCGACUUAAGUUACAACCGAAUCCAGUUCAUUGAUCAGUCAGUUUUCCCAGAAAAUGUUAUAGACCAUCUUCAAACCCUUUACCUCAACAACAACAACUUUGUGUGCACCUGCAAUGCCACAUGGUUUGUCAGAUGGAUCAAUCGUACAUCCGUGAAUAUUCCACGCCUUGCUACGGACGUCAACUGCGCUUCUCCAGGUGCCCAAAGAGGUCAAAGUGUAAUUUUCCUAAACCUUCAGACAUGCCAACACAAUUCCCUGUCCAUCAUCCUGUACAUUUUACUAACCUCCGUGAUUCUCAGCGUCCUUAGCGUCACAAUCUCGAGUCAUCUCUUUCUCUGGGAUGUCUGGUAUAUUUACCACUUUUGUCUUGCCAAACUCAAGGGAUAUCGCCGGCUGUCGUCCAACAGCACCGUCUACGAUGCCUUUGUGGUCUAUGAUACGAAAGACCCAGCAGUUCACGAGUGGGUGAUGCAAGAACUUCGCAUUCACCUGGAGAAUAGGGGUGAUCCACGGCUACAGCUCUGUUUGGAGGAACGGGAUUGGGUUCCUGGUUGUCCCCUCAUUGAGAACCUUUCCCAGAGCAUACAGCUAAGCAAACGCACCGUGUUCAUCCUGACCGGACAAUACAUCAGCAGCGGCAACUUCAGGACAGCAUUUUAUUUGGCCCACCAGAGACUCAUGGAUGAGAAGGAUGAUGUUAUUGUCUUGAUCUUGUUGGAGAAGAUGCCUUGUCACUCCAAAUACCUCAGAUUGAGGAAGAGGCUGUACAAGAAAUCUGUUCUGGAGUGGCCCAAGAAUCCUCAAGCACAGAGGUACUUUUGGUUCAGUCUCAGGAACGUCAUGUCAACAGAUAGCCAACAAUACAAUAAACUCUUCCAAGAAUCAAUGUGA